UCAAGUUAAGCUUUCAUUUGUGCGCAGCCGCUAGAACGAUAAAGAUGAUUGAUUGAGUUAGUUUGCAAGUUUUUUUUUUCAAAGUUGCAUGUUCGUUUCCAUUCGGAACAGCGUUAACCCUUGUAAAACAGCACUGUAACGCGCACUGGAUACAUACUUUGCUGGUGAUGAUGAUCCAUUCUUAAAGUUUAUAAAGAAAGUUAAUAGGACAUCAGAGUCACUCGCCACGCCAUCACUUCGACACAACACACAUGGAUCACAGAACACAAUCACAUGCGUUCGACACCGAAAUGAACAUGACUUUCAACAGCAGCGUAACGCCCGGAAACCUGAACUCCACGAGCAUCGCCCAAAUCAUGAUCCCGCAGGAGUUGUUUCUUGUGCUCGGCUUGAUCAGUUUGGUGGAAAACAUUUUGGUGGUUGUGGCAAUCAUCAAGAACAGAAAUCUCCAUUCGCCCAUGUAUUAUUUCAUCUGCUGUCUGGCAGUGUCGGAUAUGCUGGUGAGCGUCAGUAACGUGGUGGAGACGCUCUUCAUGUUAUUAACGGAGCAAGGGCUGCUGCUCGUCACGGCGAAAAUGUUACAGCACCUGGACAAUGUGAUCGACAUCAUGAUCUGCAGUUCGGUUGUGUCCUCGCUUUCUUUCCUGUGCACCAUCGCUGCGGACCGCUACAUCACCAUCUUUUACGCGCUGCGCUAUCACAGCAUCAUGACCACGCAGCGCGCCGUGGCCAUCAUCGCCGUGGUUUGGCUCACGAGCAUCACCUCCAGCUCGUUGUUUAUCGUUUAUCACACCGACAACGCGGUGAUCGCCUGUCUUGUCACGUUUUUUGGCGUGACGUUGGUGUUUACGGCGGUUCUGUACCUGCACAUGUUCAUCCUGGCGCACGUCCACUCCAGACGCAUCAUGGCUCUUCAUAAAAAGAGCCGCCGACAGGCCACCAGCAUGAAGGGAGCCAUCACACUGACCAUCUUGCUCGGGGUUUUUAUCAUCUGUUGGGGGCCUUUCUUCCUUCACCUCAUUCUCAUCCUCAUCUGUCCCACAAACCCUUACUGCAAGUGUUACUUCAGCCACUUCAACCUCUUUCUCAUUCUCAUCAUAUGUAACUCCCUUAUAGACCCGCUCAUAUACGCGUACCGCAGCCAGGAGCUGCGCAAGACACUGAAGGAAAUCGUGCUCUGCUCGUGGUGCUUUGUGAUGUGACAAGCUAUCAACACGGGCUCACGUACCAGUGACCCUUAUAACCUUUAGAAACACGUAUUUCCUUAAAAGGAUCCGAUUACAAACAAGUGUUGUGCGUGGACCCCACUCCUCUUUCUUUGUGGAAAUCAUGGUUGAUAAAGAAGGACAGUGGAAAAGGUAAAGACGAAUUCCGUAAAAUCAAUAAAACUGCUGAAAGUUUUUUUUUAUUGGGUUCCAGUAUCUAAUAUAUUUCAAGUAAAACCAUCAUGGCUCCAAACCAAAAAGAAAUGUUUCAUCCAGAUCUCAGGGUUGGGACAGCUGAAACACACUGAGCACACGAAGUGCAGUUUAAUAUACCCAAAGCAUUUGGGCAAAUUCACGGCCUCAGAGUACAUAGUAAAGGGUUAAUUAAAUAAACAAAAAGGUUACCAUUAUGGCGAUGACUGAUGGUUAAACCAGAAUGAAUGCCCAGUUAGACAGUAAACCCUGGACUCCUCAAAUUCAAUAAAAAAUGUGUUCAAUGAUCAACCAACAAGUAUAAAAAUUAGGAACUCUUGUGACUCUGUCUGUAAAAUCCAAGCUAAAUAAAGUCUUAUAAUCUAAUGAUGAGAUGAGAAGCAUCAAAGUUUGAUUAUAUUUUCACACAAUGUUAAAAAAAUCAGUUUUGUGCUGAAUUGAGCAUAUGCUGCAGGAAAAUUAGUUUUUGUCUUUACCAAAGAAAGAAAAACCAUUUCCCUAUCUUAGAUAUAUAUUAAUAUUAAUAAUAUGAUCUACACUAAUUUACUACAAGUGAGCAGUAAUAAUUUUUUUUCUUUUGUGUUUUAAUCCAGAACAAGUAAUAAAUAAACUCAUUUUUUUCAUGGAUUGCUAUUCAUAAGUGUGUAUAUUUUAUAUUGUGCAGGACAGGUAUACAGUACUCAUCUAUAAUGGAUAGGAAAUCUCUCAAGUAGCCCUUCAUGAAAUUAUAUUUUUGUAGACAUCCUAGUAAGUUUUAUGAUAAAUAUAGAUAAGACAUGAUUCAUUCAAAACUAGCUCUGACUUUACAGACAGUCAAAAAAGGAAAAGUUCAUUCAGCAAAAAUCCAUUCCUUAAGAGUUUUUUUUGUUUCUUUAUUUUAAUUUAUUGUUGUAAUUGUUUGAUUGUUUUUUGUUACGUCAAUAGAAACAGACAAUCUACCUUCAAACUGUAUGAUUCAGUUGUGUACAUUUUGUAAGAAUGCUAUUUUAUGUCCCUAAUGCUAUCAACAUUUUGGAUGUCAUUGUAUGUUUUCAGUAAGUAAAGAAAAAAAUAUGCACUGGGUACACUGUCAGAAAAGAAGGUACAAAACUGUCGCUGGAGUUGUACCAAAAGGUAUAUUUUUGUUCCCCAAAAGGUACAACAUUUCAAUGUGUUGUAUAGUCAUAAGGUACAAAAAUGAACAUAGGGUACAGUUUUGUACCUUUUUUGUGGCUUUUUUCUGAAAGUGUUAGUUAUUGAAACAAACACUUUGGAUUUUUUUGAAAAUGUAUUUUAGCACAAUGGUGUGUAGACAAUGAAGACAACUACCAGGUCAGACAUAAAUUAUUGGGUUGUUGUUACCCAACCCAAAAUUGGGUCAUUUUUAACCCAGCAUUGUUUUUUUGCAUUGUCAGUGAUGUGUUUUGUCCAAUAUUUACAAAACCGGGUUUUUAUACAACCCAGCACUUUUUAGAGUGCAAAAUAUAUGACUUUGUGUUUUUUUUGUAGCUGUCACAGAAAUACACAAAGAAGUAACAAAGUGAAAAUUUCUAAAUUAGGCAAAAUUUGUUAUGUAUGACCAUUGCUACUAAACAAAGGGGCGGUUUCCCAUUGUGUUGUCUCAGGAUGCACAUCAGUAUUAUUUUUUUGUAAGGUAAGGUUUGUUUGUAAAAACUACUUAAAUGUCUUAAUAACUAAGGCCUUGUCCUGGAUCAGUCUAAACCCUGUCUGGGAAACCACCCCUUUUUAAAUCUCUUUGCAUUGAUUCAUGAUGCUCAGUUAUAAAGACACUUUCUGUUUGAUGUAAAACUAUAAACUCUAUUUUUA